UGUUGUCCCCACGGUCACCACCAAAAGCGCUCUGCAGCUCUGGGACUGCAAGGGUGACAUUGGCGAGGCCAUUGAUUUGGUUACAGUUCUCCUGAGGUCCGCUCUGGUGGGGUCCAGCCUCCGCAAGAUCUCAGCAUGAGAAGAAGCCUUUACAGCACAGUGGCGGCUGUGCUGUUGGUCACGAAUUUUGAGAGGACGAGGUCAAUGCUGGAUUCCUGCAGCAACUGUCCAGCUGGUACUUUCUGUGGGAAAAAUAAGGACCAGACCUGUGUUCUCUGCCCGCCAAAUAGUUACUCCAGCACACUUGGACAGAUGGUCUGUAGCAUGUGCAGAAGGUGCGAAGGUGUCUUCAGGACCAGGAAGCCGUGUUCCCGGACCAGCAACACCGAAUGCGAGUGUGCUCCAGGGCUCCGCUGCUUAGGGCCAGGCUGCCCCAGGUGUUACCCCGACUGUGCACAGGGUCAAGAGCUCACAGAGGACGGUUGUAAGGACUGCUACUUUGGGACAUUUAAUGAUAAGAGAGGCGGCGAGUGUCAGCCCUGGACAAAGUGCUCUUUGGAUGGAAAGACUGUACUUGUGAAUGGGACAAAGGAGAGGGACGUGGUCUGCGGACCAGUUCCAGCCGACUUCUCUCCAGGGCCCUCCCCGUGGUUCUUCCCCAUGCUGCUGGUGCUGACGUCGGCCAUGGCCUUGCUCCUGCUGAUCCUCUGCCUGUGCCAGCACCGUGUUGUCAGAUGGAGCGGGAAGGAGUUCGUGUACAUGUUCAAACGACCGUUUGUGAAACCAGUACAAACUGCCCAGAUGGAAGAUGCUUGUAGUUGCCGAUUUCCACAAGAAGAAGAAGGAGAGUUUGAACUGUGAGCUGGAAAUCCACAGAGCUGUUGGGACUCUCUCAAAAAGAGACAAAGGAGAACUUGGAGUGACCCCCCUACUGUGUCCUUCUGCCACACGGAGCACCCUGCCAGCUAAUACCCACGAUCACCUCCAACAGUUCUUCUUAAGGCUAAUCAGUACCACUUUCAGCCGGGCGUGGUGGCGCAUGCCUGUGAU